AUGCAGAGUUCUAUAGCAGGCGGUAUUGUAUUUGAACUCGGAUUGAAUUAUCCCGUAAAGUGGGAAGACGUUGUAAUUAAUGAUUCCGAUGAUGAUGAAAUGAUUUACGGGGAAUCAGCAUCUUUGCUAAAGAUUAGUAAGGGAUAUCACGAUCCCCUUGGUAUAGUCACGGAUCUUGUAGAUCCUCAGACGGAUGAAUUAUCCUACUCGAGCGAACUCUUCAAUCCUAUGAAAUACCUACUGGAAAUUCAUAACAACACUGGACUGGAAAGCCUCCGCAUAGGUCUACAUAUGAUGAAUGAAACUACCCUGGACGAAGAGGCGCGUCUGAAGACGCUGGUAAAGGACUAUUUUGGUGAAUUCGUGACGGCCCGCAAAACAAUCGAAGAGUUGGAUGGAACUCUCUCGGAUAAUAAAUUCUUCACAAAGGAUGGUGGUUUGGUUCUGGAAGGCCUGGUGAACGAGACCGAGGAGCUCACCGAAGAGCUCAUUGCUCCUCUGCAGCAAAACCGUGAAGUAGAUGCCUCGAAUUGGAUUGAAUCAAACUAG